AUGGCAAGACUCACAGCUGUCAGUGUGGACUCAACUUCAACGUAUACCAACAAGCAAACAGCGUCUGGGCUAGUUCUUGGAGGAAAUGCAAAGUUCCAUUCUAAAGCGAAAACGGUGCUGAACAUUAUAAUUGAUACAGCAAAUGAGGCAUCGGACACAAUAUAUAAUGCUACUGGAGCAAUGAAAAACAUUACUACUAACUUGGAGACAACUAAUGGAAGUGUUGGGGCUUUUGGCCUCCCUACUUCUACUGGCUUCCUUACUUCUACUAGCUUCCUUGCUUCGACAUCCGAAAGACUGGACUCCAAAGCCACAGAUAUACGACGACAAGCCAAGAAGAACAGGCAGGCCAUCGACAAGGGUCUCAGCAUACUGUAUAUACUAACUACAGUGAGUAUUUCAUUGAAUUUGAUAGCCGUGAUUGCCUUGUCAGGAGAUACAUGCCCAGUACUUGAAGACUUCCAACAAGAUCCCUACAACAACAGCUUGAGCUCAAUUGUCCCUUGCGAUGAAUUGCUUCCAGCAAAAUCCAUCCUACAUAAUGUCAGUUCGAAGAUUUAUGACCUAGUGAACAAGGUGAACAGGAACAUAUCCAUAUCAUAUGGAAAUAUUGUUCAGGUAUGCAAUCCUUUUUCUGCAGCACCGGAGUACGAGUACCAGCCAGAGAACUGUCCUCCUAAUGCAAUUCAGAUCGGAGACAUCCCUCGGUUAUUGAAGAUGCUUACAUGUCCAGAUUCCAACAAUGGAACCUGUAACGGAGGAAUAUCAAUCUCCUCCGUAGAUAUUAGAACAGUGGAAGCUUACUCAACUACAAUACAGCAACUACUAGAUGUGUAUCCUGCUAUGGAAAGUCUAGUUGAAUGUCAGAUGGUGAAGGACGCUUUUUCGGAAAUCCUUCACAAACACUGCAAACCUUUGAAGAAAUAUGUACGGAUGGUAUGGGCAGCAGUGGUGCUCCUCUCCGUGGCAAUGGGGGCUCUAGUUAUCAUAUGGACAGCCGAUGCACACCACGAGCUAAGACAUCAUUUUUCAGAUGGUUCUGUGAAACCCCAUUUUACAACGGCAAAUAUACUGGAACUGGGAACAACCAAGGCAACAACUCAUCCUAAUAGUUUAGUCCUGUAGAUAGCAACCAGUUUCCCAAAAGGACUUGGAAGACACAAGCAAAGAAGCUCCGGGAAAAAAAAAGAAAAACACCCUUGCAACAUAUCAAGAUUUCCCAUAGGUAGAAUAACAAAAACAUCACACAGGUGAAAAUGA